AUGACUUUCAGAUUCUCCGAGUUCGCAAAGCGAGGUAAGUCCGGCAAUCCCUGGAGUGAGGCUGACAACAGCACUGGCCCGUCGAGGCCGAUGACUGCCAACAGUUAUGACUUCCGCCCGUCACCUCGCCAACCAUCUCGAUCUCCUCCGCCUCCAAUUGCACCUCGUCCGGCGCCAAGUCGAAAUGACACUCCAUUGCUGGAGUGCAGCUACGACAACGGCACCGGCCGACUUGAUCCUCGGCUGGCGCGCGAGCAGGGGUUGCCAGCGACGAUACAGACGACCGAUCAGCUCGCCGACUUCAUCAAAACCCGCUACCAGGAGCAGACGUAUUCGUGGUCGCCCUCGCUGGCGUCGCAGUAUUCGUAUGUCCCGGACUCACCUGCUACAGGGCUCUACCGCCGUGCUUCAAGGCGUGGUUCUCGACCAAGCUUCCAAUCCACCAGGACAACCUCCAACCCUAUCGUCGCCGGCCUACGAAACAAGUAUGCCACGCCGCCAGUAGAUUGUGUUCUGCCCGGUGCGACCAGACGGCACAAAUAUGAAGGCUUCUGGUUGGCUCGCGGCACGAUGCGCAAGACCGAGGCUGAUAUGAAGGACCGCAAUAAGCGGUGGAAGAAAGCCAGGGAAGAGAGGCCUGCGUCUUCUAAUGGUCCGUACGUCGAGACGUCAGGUUGGUACGACUAA